ACAUAAUGUUAAAAAACGAAAAAAAAAAACUUUUCAAAAAAUAAAUAUAUGCAAGUAAAAAUUUUAAUUAACUAAAGUGGAUUAGUUUUGCACAACUUGUUCUCUUUAAAAAAAGAAAUAAUUAAAUAAUUGCAAAACAACAUUCACUCUUGGAGGUCAGAAAAUAACGUAGCGAAGGAGCUUUUGGGAAAAAUUCUAAGCACAGCUCAUCAACACUGGUCGGAUCAUUAAUCUACACGAAAAUCCAAUUAAAGGCAGCAAUCAAGAAAAGGGGCAAAAAUCAAGCAGAGAAGCAGACAAACAAAUGCUGAUAAAUGAUGCCCGAAAUUGAACGUGACGUGGCAUCAGAAAUGGUUAGUGGAGCACAUGCACCCAUCUUUGAGUCAACGUCACAAAAACAUUACAAUUAUCAUAAUUUGAAUGUGAGUCAUCAUCAACAUCAUUUCUCGCAGCAGCAACAGCAACAGCAGCAUCAGCCGCACCCGCAGCCGCAGCAAUAUCAACAGCACCAGCAUCAGCAGCAUACACAUUUUCAACAUUUACAAUCACAACAACAACACCAUACGAGCAAUUAUAAAUUGCCGCAAACGGAAAUAGACUAUAAAAUGGCUACGAGUUCGUAUGUAUACCGCAGCCCGCUGACAAUACCGCCAAUGUCGACAACAACACAUGUAUACCAUAAUAAUAAUAAUAAUGGUGGUGGUGGUGGUGGUGGUGGUGGUAACAACAAUCAUACUAAUAAUAAUAAUAUGUUAUUAUAUAAUAAUCAUCAAAACAACAACAACAACAAUAAUAAUAAUAACAACAGCUAUCAACAACAUAGUGUUAAUGUUACUAACAUGCAUUCAUCUAGUCACAAUGUAGCGGCAACUGUUCCGCCAACAACUGCAACGACGACAAGCGGCCAUUGUUUAAGUCCUCAAAAUAAAGAGAAACUAACGAAUUUACUAAAAACACGUGAAACGUCGGGCUCGUUGGCUACAUCAUCAACGGCUUCGCCUAUUGAAUCCAAUAAAUAUCGAACGGAGAGCGACCACACCGCUACAAGUCCAGUGGCGCCGCCAACAUUUUUACAGAAAAGUUUAGAAAAUCCCAAAAAUGCUAAUUAUAUCAACGGUUAUAACGGCACAAACAACAGCAACGCUAAAAUUCCAAUGACUCCUUCACCACCAAUUAUAGCUACCGCUGCACGAACAAAGAAUCCCCUUACCCGCCCCACUUUAUCACCACUUGGUAUACAAGAGGCUCAACAGAUUACUUAUAAUUCAACAACAAUUAUGUCAUGGCAUCCGCAUGUCUAUGCGCGACCACCUAAUCGUCCCACUCCCCAUGGCAUAGCGGAUAUUUUAGGAUGGCGUGAUGGAUCGACACGUGACAAUCAAGAUGAAUCUUCCAAUUCGUCUAUAGCCACGUUGCCGCCAGCACCUGCCAAAUCCCCAAAAAGCAUUUUAGGUAACUUUCGACAACAGUACUCCCAGCAAGGCAGUCAUUGCGAUACCGUAAAUCAAAUACAUAGCGCAACGUCAUUAAGCGAUACAAGUGAAGAGGAUACGGUGGCAAUGCCGGCCACGGCCAUAGAUGUGGCACCGAUUAUGGAUCAACCUUUAAAUUUAUGCGUUGCGAAGAAAAAAACACGAGAUUCGCUAUCGCCACCGCCCGCAGUUAAACAAAAUCAAAUAUUAGGCAUUAAUAUUGGCGACAAGGAAAAAUCGUCCAUGUUGGGUAAACAUUUGAAAAAAGAUGCUAGUCACACGGGAAAGCCAAGUGUUAAAAAGAAAAAACCAAAUAACUCAUCAUUGUCAACGGCAGGGAUGCCUACAUCGGCCGCUAUGGCAAUGAACUCAAGUAUAUCAGCGACCUUAACACAACCGCCAGAUGUAAGUCCGACCAGUGCCAGUAGUGAUACAUUGAUGCGUGAACGUUCGGCAGCGGCGACCAACAGUUCUACACCGCCUGCCUCAACAACGCAUAUGGUCGAGACCACUGAAGACGAUUCAGAUUCUGGUUCGUGCGAUGCAAGACGAAAGAAAAAAGCCAGAACUACAUUUACAGGACGUCAAAUAUUUGAAUUGGAAAAACAGUUUGAGAUUAAAAAGUACCUAAGUUCAAGUGAACGCACAGAAAUGGCUAAACUAUUAAAUGUCACCGAAACUCAGGUGAAAAUUUGGUUUCAGAACCGUCGCACCAAAUGGAAAAAACAAGAUAAUGUUACCAAUACUGAGGCGGCCGAAGUGAAAUCUGCAAAUUCUGGCAAGUCAACAACCACUUCGUCAACAUCGUCAUCAGCCUUAAGCGAAAAUGGUACAAGUACUGCGAAAUCAAUCACAGGGCAACAAACAUCAUCGGCACCGUCGUUAACUCCUACAACCUUAAAUGGUGAAACAAUGGUGACAAGUAAAAAGCAUUCACAUAAUAAUAGCAACAAUGCGAAUAAUGCAGAAAAUAAACGCAACAUGACAAAUGAAUUAAGCUCAAAACUAACCGCGAAACAGGGGACAAAGAUGAAAAAAUCAUUGAAUGCCGGUCUAGAGAAAACCAACAAAAACGCCAACGGUAUAAAAGGUGACGCAACGGUAGGACAAAGUGUACGGGUUGCAACAUCGGCAACGGUAGGAGCACAUGAUACUCUUAGUGCUAUGGGCAAAGCAACAAAUGGCAUAGAAAUGGACAACAGAAAUAAACAACAACAGCAACAGAUACAUCAAACGCAAAAUAACAAUCAUCAGCAUCAUCACAACAACCACCAACACCAGCACCAGCACAACCAUCAUCAUCAUAAUAAUAAUAAUAAUAACAAUAAUCAUAAUCAUCGUGAGCAGCAGGCUCAGCAACAGCAACCACGUACACACUAUAGUCAGCAUCAUCAGCAUCAACACCAUCAUCCUCACAUACCGCAUCAUCAUCAUGCAAUUCCAUUAACGGUAGAGCCCGCAGCACCCCUGGAACAGACUGAAAAAUUAGAAAUCAAACUCGAAGAGUCACCGCAGCAUCGCGAAUUGCAAUUAAGUUUGCUUAGGGCAGCCCAUAGUCAAAGUCCUCUAUACGGAGAAAUGGAUUUCGAAACAAAAUUGGCAGCGUCGAAAAUUUCCAAUGCAUUGGCUUUAACCAAAAUAAAUGCACACACCCAGCAACAGCUUGGUAAAAACCACAAUAGAAAUGCGAAUGCAAACAACAGCAAUAACAGCGGCAAUAGCAACAAUAACACUCUAAAAAAAACUCAAAAAGAUAAAAACUUAAAGGAUGACAAAGAAUUGAAUAGUUUGCUAAAAGGCAAUGAAUUAACAAUAAAUAGCAAAACUAAAAACAACAAUAAUAACGAUACAAAUAAUAAUAAUAAUGAAGAUAAAAAUAACGGUAAUGCUCAAGUUAAAGAAGUCAGCGUUAAAGUCGAGCCAAAGAAGGAAAAAGAAAGGCAAACCAAUUUAACUAACGGUGAUUCGAAUAAAAUGCAAAUCGAUGAAGUUGAAAAAGUUAAAAAUCGUCAUCAUCAUCAUCAUCAUCAUCAUCAUUUUAUGCAUGAGGUAGAAGAUUGUUCCAGACUUUCUGAUUUAGAUGGCAGUAGUGCAAGCGCAAUAAAAUCUGUAAAUGCUUCUAAGAUCAAUCCAACAUCGGCGGCAACUGCUACUGCUAAUGAUAAGGCUAAUGUUGAUAAUAUCGAUGAUGCUAAUGAUGAAGAUGAUAAUGAUAACGAUGAUGACGAUGAUGAUAACAAUGACGAUGAUGAUGAUGAUGUUGUUGACGAUGAUGACGGUGGUGUUACUAAUGCCAAUGAAUUGGAUGAGGACGCAGAAAUGCAUGAAAUUUAAAAUUUACUUAAACAUAAAAAUUCAAUUUUAAGAAAGAUCUUCCAGUCAAAAUUUA